CUACUACCUACCUAAUCUCUGCAUACCCGCUGAUUCUACCGCCUUUGACGUCUGAUCUCCAAGCCAGCUUCUUUCCUUAGCAUUCCUUCCUUUGCUGUUUCUGGAUCUCACAGCUGUCCGCGAAUCGUCACAUUAUGGCACCUCUCCGCCUCCGCAUCGACGGGCGGACCUUCCGCGACAACAACGGCCGCGAAGUCACGCUCCAUGGAAUCAACGUCGCUGGCGAUGCCAAAUUCCCUUCCACCCCGGAUCAGCCUUCGCACGUCGCCGAGAACUUCUAUGAUGCCGACCAUGUCUCAUUCAUCGGUCGCCCCUUCACCGUCGACUCCGCCCAUGUCCACUUCAGCCGGCUAAGGAAAAUGGGAUAUAAUACCAUCCGCUACAUCUUCACCUGGGAGGCCAUCGAGCACGAGGGUCCGAAGAAAUAUGACGAGGAGUGGGUACAACACACCAUCGCCGUGCUUCGGCUGGCCAAGAACUAUGGAUUUUACAUUUUCAUGGACCCUCACCAGGAUGUUUGGUCGAGGUUCUCCGGAGGCUCGGGAGCGCCACUGUGGACCCUAUACGCAUGCGGACUGAACCCUAGGGCAUUCGACGUGACCGAGGCCGCUUUGGUUCAAAACACCUACCCGGAGCCCGAGAAGUUCCCCAAAAUGAUUUGGGCCACCAACUACACCAGAAUGGCAUGCCAGGUCAUGUUCACCCUGUUUUUCGCUGGCAGAGAAUUCGCGCCCAAAGCCAUCAUCGACGGGAUGAAUAUUGAAGACUAUUUGCAAGGGCAUUUCGUCAAUGCGUGCAAACACCUUGCUCAGCGCAUCCGCGAAGCCGGCGAUCUGGAGAACGACGUCGUCAUAGGUUGGGAGAGCAUGAAUGAACCGAACAGAGGUUUGAUCGGUUGGGUGGAUUUGUCCGUCGUUCCCAAGGAGCAGAAGUUACAGAAGGGUACUUCUCCAACAGCGUGGCAAGCAAUUCUCACGGGCUCGGGCAGGGCAUGCGAGAUUGACACUUGGGACUUUGGUGGCAUGGGUCCGUACAGGUCAGGGAGCGCUCUUGUCGAUCCCCAAGGCGUGACUGCGUGGCUGCCCGCGGAUUAUGACCACUCGCAUUAUGGAUUCAAACGUGAUCCAGACUGGAAGCUUGGAGAGUGCCUGUGGGCACAGCAUGGUGUGUGGGAUCCGUCCUCGGACACGUUGCUCAGAAAAGACUAUUUCGCGAAGAACCCGGCGACCGGAGAGACCGUUGACUACGAGUACUUUACGAACCACUUCUUUAUGCGGCACUAUAGGAGGUAUCGCGACGCGAUCAGGGGUGUGUUCCCUGAGACCAUCAUGUUCUGCCAGCCGCCCGUACUGGAGAUCCCCCCGACGAUAAAAAACACUGAAGACGAUGAUCCGAACAUGGUGUUCACGCCUCACUUUUACGACGGAGUGACGCUGAUGACGAAGAAAUGGAACCGGCUGUGGAACGUGGACGUCUUUGGCGUCCUGCGCGGCAAGUAUCUGACGCCCGCCUUUGCCAUCAAGAUCGGAGAGACAGCGAUCCGGAACUGCUUCCGCGACCAGCUGGCGGCCAUCAUGAAGGAAGGCCUGGACAACAUGGGCCCGCGGCCGUGCCUGUUCAGCGAAAUCGGCAUUCCCUACGACAUGGACGACAAGUACGCGUACCGCACGGGCGACUACUCCAGCCAGAUCCUGGCCAUGGACGCCAACCACUUCGCCCUCGAGGCCAGCCACGCCCAGGGCUUCACGCUGUGGACGUACGUCGCGACCAACAACCACCGGUGGGGCGACCAGUGGAACGGCGAAGACCUGUCCAUCUACUCGGCCGACGACGCGCCGCUGCCCUCGCCAUCACCCGCCUCCUCAAGCAGCGCCGCCGACCCAGCCUCGCCGGCCUACUCGCGCAGCCAGUCUUCGGAAACCCAGCGCGUCUCCCCCGCCAACCUGCGCGAAUCGCUGUCCGCAGAGCAGCCCAUGUCGACGACGACAUCGACACCAACGAAGCCCGGCCACCGCGCCGCCCAAGCCUACAUCCGCCCCACGCCUAUCGCCACGCACGGCCGCGUCGUGUCCUACGGCUUCGACCUGCGCGCCUGCACCUUCCGGCUCGCGCUCGACGCGCCUUCUCCUACCAGCGAGGCGCUGCCGACCGAGAUCUUCCUGCCCGCGUUCCAUUUCCCGCGCGGCGGCGACAACGGCAACAAUGCGACGACGGUCGAGGUCAGCGGCGGGAAAUGGAGCAUUGACGACGUGAAUGUGGGAAUGGGAGAAGGGGCCGAGGAGAGCGCGACGGUGCAGCGCCUGCGGUGGUGGCAUGCCGAGGGCGAGCAGGAGAUUGUGGUGCGUGGACUUGUGCGGAAGGUGGGGGAAGUGGUUGCGGGAACGGGGGAGGAAGAGGGCUAUCUGGAGCAGUGCCAGCAGACGGGGAAGAACUGCAUCGUCAUGUAGGUGCUCCUACCUACGUACGUACUCUUUAGGGCGGCCCGGUCGGGUACCUACCUAUCUUAGCUACUUCCAUGUGGCGUUGGGGCGUGGCGUGGCUAGCGGAAUGGGAUGGUUGUGCUUUCUUUCCUUACCUUGGUGGAUGGUGGAUGGGGCUUCGGCAGUUGGCGUUGACGGUUUUUUUUUUUUUUUUUUUUUUUUUUUGUUU